CUGCUUAAUUAUGCAUUGAUUAAGGAUAAUCUGAAGUGGGUGGGGCUAGAGGAGGGGUUUCAGUAAUUAAAUAUGGCUGUUGAUCCUACUUUGCUUCAAAUGCAACUGAAGAGAAAUAAUGAAGAUAUGAGGGACAUGCUUCAGAGCCUGGACUCCUGGGAAGAAGAAAUCAAGAAAAGAGAUGAGUUACUUAAGAAGCAGAAACCAAUUUUAAAGAAGACAUUGCCUCCAAUUCGCGGGAAAUCAAGUGGCGAUGCACCACAUAAGAAGAAGCCUGAACCAGCUGCCAAGAAAAAGGAGAAGAUAAAAUCGUUUGAUUAUGAUGCAUGGAGUAAAUUUGAUGUAGAUGAAGCUUGUGAAGACAGUGACAGCAGGAGCAGCGAAGGAGAAGAAGAAAAUGAAGAGAAUGAAGAGAAUUCACGAAGAGAGACUGCUGUACUAGAAAAGGAGCGAGGUAACCAGUUAUUUAAGGAUGGUAAAUAUGAGGCGGCCAUUGAGCGAUAUACAGCUGCUAUCAAUCUUGAUCCUUUAUCAGCAGUACUCCCUGCAAACAGAGCAAUGGCUUUACUGAAACUGGACAGGUAUGCUGCUGCUGAGAAGGAUUGCGAUGUGUCGAUAUCUUUGGAUGAUAAGUAUGUUAAGGCUUGGAUGAGACGGGCAGCUGCUAAAACUAAACUGAAGAAAUACGAAUCAGCUACUGAAGAUAUUAAAAUGGUGUUACAGCUGGAGCCUACUAAUAAACAUGCCAAAGCUGAACUGGAGAGAUUAGAGAAGCUCAAAGGUACAAGUGAUGACAGGAAGUAUGUUCAUCCUGUUAAAAGACCGCCACAUUUAAGAUCAAAAGAGCCAUUGGUUAGAAUACACAUUGAAGACAUUAGCACCACAGCUGUCACUUCAGAGCCUGUUAGUGAUGCAGCAGCUCAUGAAGAGGAAGAAGAAAGAAGAGUUGAAGAGACUAAUACAAUAGAACUGACAGAGAGCAUGUUAUAUGAAGCUCCUACUAGUUCUAUUCAGUUCCAGUGCCAAUGGAAGACGUUAAGAAGAUCUGAUCCCUCAAAAUUAGCUCAAUAUUUCAAGGCUAUACUGCCCUCGCAGUAUCCAGUGGUACUGAAACAAUCACUGGAAAAUGAGACAUUCUCUGACAUCAUAGAUAUACUAGACAAAGAAUAUAUUCAUGUCUUGUAUUCCUGUAGGAGGAGUAUUUCUUGCUUUGAUGAGUUAGAAUGGAUGAGAAAAGUUGAGAGAUUCUCUGUUGCAAUUCUCUUCCUCAGCAGCAAAGAUAAACUAAAACUCAAGAAUAUUUUUGAUGGACUCUCAAAUCUCUGUGAUAGAAAAAAAGUUUCUGAACUGGCAUCGCAUUACACCUUAUCACUUUAAAUUAUCUGAUACAGUAAAUGAUCAUAAUAAAUUAUGUAAUUUUAAAACUCUCAAAAGAAAAUUCAAUGAAAAUGUA